AUGCGUUCCGUACUUCUCGCGUCGCUGGCAUCGCUGUCUGCCAUCAGCGUCUAUGGCCACCCCCACGCUUCAUGGCAAGGCCGCAGCACACUUACUCGCCGCGCUGUCGACUUGGACUCGUACCGCAUGAAGCACGCUGCUGCCUACAAGAACGUUGCCGAAGUUGUGGCUGAUCCUAACAUCAACACACUUGCGAAGCGUGCCAGUGCGGAGGACGUUGCUACCGACCUGGUCAAGGCUACGAUCCCAGAUGCUACCUUCCGUCUUGUUAAGGACUCGUACGUUGGCGACAACGGAGUAGCCCACUUCUACUUCAAGCAAACCGCCAACGGUCUUGACAUCGAUACCGCGGAUUUCAACGUCAACGUCGGUCGUGAUGGCAAUGUUUUCUCUUUCGGAAACUCGUUCUACAAGGGUGCUAUCCCAGCGCCGCCAAGUCUGAGCAAACGUGACAACGCCGCGCCCGCCAAUGCUCUCAAGUCGGCUAUCAACGUUCUUGGACUUCCCGUUUCUGCUGAAGAAGCUAUCGCUGAGGCGAAGGAGGCUACUGAGACCUACGCUAUCAAGAAGACUACCGGAUGUGUCAGCGAGCCCGAAGCGCGCCUGGUCUACCUCGUAGAUGAGGAGGGCAAGCUCGCUCUUACCUGGAGAAUUGAGACUGAUGUCAUGAGCAACUGGCUGCUUUCUUACGUCGAUGCGGAAGAUGGCGAGAAGGUGCACGCCGUUGUUGACUACUCUGCCGAUGCUGAGUACAAGGUUUACCCCUGGGGUAUCAACGACCCAUUUGAGGGUGACCGCAAGCUUGUAGAGGAUGACUUCUCUCCCGCUGCCAGUGAAUUCGGUUACCAUAACGAUGGCAAGCAGACUUUCAAGACGACCCGUGGAAACAACGGUAUCGCCCACACCAACUGGGAGAACGUUAACAGCGGAUUUCUGAACCUUCCCCGUCCCCAGAGCGAGGAUCUCGUCUUCGACUACCCGUUCUCUCUCAACGACACCGACUGGAUGGGAUAUGCCAACGCCUCCAUUACUCAGCUCUUCUACACCGCCAACAAGUACCACGAUGUUCUGCACACCCUGGGUUUCAACGAAAAGGCCGGAAACUUCGAGAUCAACAACAACGGUGCAGGUGGUGCCGGUCAAGAUUUCGUCUACCUGAACGCUCAAGAUGGUUCUGGCAAGAACAACGCCAACUUCGCCACACCUCCUGACGGCCAACCAGCACGCAUGCGCAUGUACAUCUGGAACACGACCACUCCCUACCGCGACAGCAGCUUCGACGCGGGAGUCGUCAUUCACGAGUACACCCACGGCCUCUCCAACCGUCUCACCGGUGGCCCCUUGAACGCCGGUUGCCUUUCUCUGCUCGAAUCCGGCGGCAUGGGCGAAGGCUGGAGCGACUUCUACGCGACCGCCAUCCGCCUCAAGGCCGGCGACACCCGCAAGACCGAAUACCCCAUGGGCGACUGGAUCAGCGGACGUCCUCUCGGAAUCAGGAACUACCUCUACUCCACCGACCUCAACAAGAACCCCCAGGUCUACUCCGACGCCGAUCUCUACGAGAAGGUCCACCCCAUCGGUAACAUCUGGGCGUCUAUGCUCUACGAGAUCCUCUGGAACCUCAUCGACAAGUACGGCAAGAACGACGACUGGCUCCCCAAGCUCGAUAGCAAGGGUAUCCCCAGUGAUGGCAAGUACCUUGCCAUGAAGAUCGUCAUGGACGGUAUGGCGCUGCAGCCUUGCAACCCCACCUUUGUCUCUGCUCGCGAUGCAAUCGUUGAUGCCGACAAGGCGCUCACCGGCGGUGAGAACGUUUGCGAGAUCUGGAGUGGAUUCGCGAAGCGUGGUCUUGGUGAGGGUGCAGUUUACGCCCCUACCGGCCGCACGAACAGUUUCGAUAUCCCCGAGGGUGUCUGCGGUGGUGGCAACUCGACGAAGGCGACGAAGAUGAAGAUGCAUAAGAGGAGGGUUCAGCCUGUUGAGCUGAAGUACUAG